AAUUUUCAACGAAAAAUGGCAGCAAACCGGACAGUGCCGUCUCGUGUCGGGUGUGUUUAGACGGGGAAAAUUGGCCACCAUAUAGCUUGUAUUCGGUCAGUAACCGCUCGCAAACGGUCACCCGAGCCGCGUACGAUGCAGAUCUGAUAAAGUGUCGAGUGGAUUGCAACGGAAUAGGUGGAAAAUUGUGACCUACAAAAUCGCCCAAGAGUAGGCAACCUGCUCGCCAGAAAGUGGCAACCCGUCCCAUCCUCCUUGGAGAAGGUGAAGGCAAAUGUGUAGCUUCUUGGAAGAAAAGUGUGUGUGUGCUCACAUAAUCCGGAUGGUGAAGAUGCUGAAGUAACCCACGGAAACCCCAAAGUGUACUUGAUUAAUUUAAAGCACACCAUUUCAACGCGUUCAGCUAAUCGUCCUCCCGUAGUCUGCUAAACUACUUUUCCUUCCCUCAGAAGGGACAUACGCGUACAUACACACGCACACACGCGCGCACACGCAGGGGUGUGCUUUCCAGUCCCCGAGUUUGCCCGAGGGGUUGGAAAAAUCGAUACACCGACCACGGAACCGGCAACCCCAAGUAUCGUUUAACGUUACACCAUCUUUUCGUGUGUCUGCCGUCAUCAACCGUCGACGGCUAUCGUCUUGUCCAAUUUUUUUUUUGCCCAAAAAGUGUACAACGAGAAGAAGCGGUCCUGUUUCGUCUUGAGAAAAUUCUUAGUGCAUUUCUUAGUGAAGUCGCAUUUCGUUGUGUGUAAAGCGUACCAUGUGCCAUUUUGCAUAAUCGAUUGCAAGGCAUGGAUGAGAUAAUAUACCCUAAUGGCUUGCUAAAUUGGUGAUAUACCCUAGCGUGUUGGCUGAGUGAUUGUGUGCACUAUUUUGGUGGCCGUUUUUUUUGCGUUCAUUCGUUCGUGUGCUCUAUCAAAUCGAUACUCCUACCCGUCAGACAGAUCACAUGUGACCUCACCGUUCGUGCCUGAGUUUGCUGCCGUAGCUAGUAGGGCAGUAUUUUCUUAUCGUGGCGCCUCCAUCCCCAGUUAAUUUCUGAAGUGGUAACAUCCUGGCAAGGUGGCAUCGGCAGCAGCAUCAGCAGAUUGAGUCACCGUGCUGCUUCUUUACGUGCAAGCUGCCAUGUGCCAUAUCCGUACGCGAGUGCUUCGUUUUCCGGUUGCAGUGAAGAUGGUGCGUAGCAGCGUAACCGUGUGACGAAUUACUAGUGAGACAGCAGUACCCAUUAUUCAUCGCAACCAUGGCCCAAUAGAAAUCAUUCAGAAUUGAUCCCAACAACUUAGUCUAUCAAAAAUAUAGGAAAAUGCAGACGAUUCGUAAGAAGACCAGUCCUUUAAAAUAUCGAAAUGAACCCGGGCGGUUCUUCGGCGAUGGUGUAAGCUUCAAGGCCAAACUCAUCGGCAUCCUAGAGGUCGGUGAGGCCCGAGGAGACCGGAUGUGCCAGGAGGCACUGCAGGACCUCAAAAUGGCGAUACGGGCCGCGGGCGAACACAAGCAACGCAUCACGAUACACGUCACGAUCGAUGGCCUACGGUUGAGAGAUGAAAAAACUGGCGACUCUCUCUACCACCAUCCCGUGCACAAAAUAUCGUUCAUCGCCCAGGACAUGACGGAUUCGCGUGCAUUUGGCUAUAUUUUUGGUUCCCCCGACAGUGGGCAUCGCUUUUUCGGCAUCAAAACCGACAAGGCGGCCAGCCAGGUAGUGCUGGCGAUGCGCGACCUGUUUCAGGUCGUGUUCGAGCUGAAAAAGAAAGAGAUUGAGCUGGCCCGGCAGCACAUUCAGAGCAAGAUAACGGCCCACGAACAUCAGGCCGUGACGGCAUCGCUGGCCGCAAAGGGUGGCAGUAGCGGCGGCGGCGGCGGCAACAACAACGCGUCCACACUGGACAGUAGCGGCGGUUCGAGCUACGGAAAGAAUCAUUCGAGUGAGGCGAGUGCACUGGGCGCGCUCGGUGGCACGUCGAUCGGGGGCCCGGCCAGUAGCAUGAAAAGUAUGACCGCGGGGAAGAGCGAAAAGUCGCCGGAAUCGGUGGCGGACCUGGUAGAUCUCGAGCAGGAGCUGAGCUGCAUUCAGCGUGGCAUAACGCAGAUGGAACGCAUCACGCCAAGCGAAGGGCCAGGGAAGAGUGUGCUGGACGAUGAUCCGUUUGGGGAUUCGUUUGCAAACAUUCCGCCGUCCUACAAUCUGCUGCCACCGCCCGAGUCAAGCAAAAGGCACCAGAAGCAGCAGACACACCGCUCGAACGAAAACCUGCCAACGAUGGAGUCGAGUCCGGCCGUUUCCUCAACGCCACCCCCAAUGCCGGCACCACCCAUUCCAACACAACCGAGCGCUUCUACUAGUGGUGGUGGUGGUGGUUCAGCGACGUCUGCAGCUUCACACUCGGCUUCUGCUGCCGCUGGUAGCAACAGCAAUCCACCGUCGGCACAACAGGGCGCUGGAGCGGCGGGAGGAGGCAGCACACUGACCAGCAGCAACUCGGUGCAGAACGAUGAUUGGCUUAAUUCCCCACCAAACACGUCGCGCUUCGAUCCGGAACCUGCACGAUACUCAGAUGAACCGAAGAACUCGGACGAAUCAGGCAAGCCUCCUCAAUCGGGCGGUGCAGCACAACCUUCCUCCUACACGGACGUGUUUACCGAUCUGGACCCGCUGGGAACGGGAAAAAUCAAGCCGUACAUCGACAAGAAGUACUUCUUCCAGGAGCUUAAGAAUCCCCCCAAGAAGGUGCUGAAAGAUUUGUCCGGAAAGGAAAGCACAUUCAACGCAAACUUUGCGCCGGAAGAUCAUGCCGCGGCGCUCGCAAAUCUAACCGGCACGGGAACGCUAAACGCAAGCAACAUCUCCACCCUGGCCAGCGGUAGUGGUGACUUGUUUAAGGCCAGCUUUGACGAAGCACAAGCAGCGCAGAGCGGCAGCGGUGCCGAUCCGACGGCAACCGGUGCACUGGGCGAUGGAGGAGCGUCCGGCGUUGCUGGUGGCAGCAAUAUGCCUCUCAUCGAUUCACUCGUCGGAAGCAGCGGAUCGAAGCCGGCGUCGGUCGAUCCGUUCAUGGAGGAUGACGAUUUUUCGAAGCUUCAGCUCGAUCCGUUCGAGGUACACUUUUCCCGCAACGCAUCGCCACGCAAUGCCGGUGGCAACGAAGGCGUGAGACCGUCGGACCAUGCGACGGAAGAACCAAAAUCCGCCACGGAAGAGAAGGAUGGCUCCGUGUACAAUGGUCCGCUGCAGGUGAAUCUUCCGCCCGAAUCGUGGGCUAGCUACAUCAGCCAGAAGCGCCUCGAACGCCAAACUUCCGAAGCAAACGCCGCCGCCGCAUCCUCGAGCCAAUCGCAAACGGGUGGCCCGAACGCGCACCGUAACCGGCCGGCAGCGAGCAGCGUGUUCAAGCAGAACACCGUCGACGUGAUCUCUAGUCUUAGCUCCAGCUCGAAAAAGAUGAAACCGAACCUGUUCGGGCAAAAGUUCUCCAAGCGCGACUCGAACAGCAUAAAUAUGCGCCGGCUGCAGGAAAGUGAUUCGCUGAGCGAAACGGAAAUGGCACCGGAACCGCCACCGCGGCCCGAUUCCGGCUCGCACAUUGAACCGCCACCGCUGCCGCCCAAGAAACAGUUUGCGGACAUCGUUAUACGACCUUCGCCGAGAACUUCCCACGCGGGUGGAGCAAGCAAUUCCGGUUCCACCAACACCAACACCACCACCACCACUCAAGUAUCAAGCCACGGUGGUCCGAGAGAGCGUUACGAUUACGUUGGUUCGAAGUACGAAAGUAACCGAUCACCGUCGGCCGGUUCCGAUGCACCACCGUUACCGCUUCCUUCGCGGAAGGUUGGCCGAUCGGCCGGUGAGACGGUCGGUCCCGGCCGGCCGCACAAAGCUCGUACCGAUGACGAUGACUAUCUGGCACCGAUCGGGAAAGCGCUGGACAUACCGACGCUUCUGCCACCGCCACAGCGCAAGGACGCAUCGAAAACGACGCGCAGCACCAUCACCCGCAAGCAGUCGGAGACGGAUCCGCGCAAUCUGGACGAACCAACGCCACCGCCAACGUCGAAAUCACCUUCCGGCCACUUCGGGAAGGAGCUGGACCACCAUCAGCACCAUCCGGCGCCCGCGUCCGCCUCGUUCCUGCCCGACAUUACGCUCAGUCAAUUACUAACGCUCGGUAUCGACGAGCUGGCAACCAAGCUGAGCGUGCCCGUGUCCAAGCUAAGCACGAUGACGCUCGUCGAGCUGACCACGUACCUGUCGGAGUUUAUCGAGAACAGCAAAUACGCUGCCUCGCAGCCACCGCCGUCGGCCGCACCAUCGUGGGCUACGAGCAGUAGCAUCAGCCAGGACAAUACGGCCGGGUUGGAGGGUAGUGUGAGCGAAUCGCCCGUCUUUAAGGUGAACUUUGACGAUGCGAACGAGGCCAUGUUUGUGGCCAAGUUUGACGAUAACUUUGGCGAAGACGAACGACCCGCCCGGAGUGGCUCUAGGGCGGGUGGUUCCUCCGGAACGUUUGUAGCCAACUUCGAUAACAUGAACCUACCGCCAACGGGAUCCACCGGGAUGGAUGCGCCCCACUCCAGCCAACCGGUCGUUGACAAGUACGCAGUGUUCCGGGAGAUUAUUGAGCAAGAAAUCGGUCCAGACGGAACGUCGAGCGAGCACGAGCAGGUCGAACAGCAACGAUCUGCGAGCCAGAACGAUCGAGCGGAUUCGCUCGAUCUGCAGAGAGAAGUUGCCUCGGAGAUGAGUCGCCUAUCGCCGGCUUUUAUCGGUGGUGAGGCCGGUUCCUCUUCCUCGCCCCAGCCUACCCUCGGUUCGUUCGGAGGAUCGUCCGUUAGUCCACUCGCUCACACCGGACCACCGUUAACGAAGAUCGACACCAAAAUUACGCAAGUAAUUUCCCAAGCGAAAGAUCGCUACGCAGCCCUGCGGGACAUUAUCCUGGUGGAGGAUCUGUUCGACAAACCGGCCCAGGCACCGAUGGCCCGCAUGGAAUCGUCCUCGUUCGAAGAGCGCGAGCUAGAAGACGAUGCCAAAUUUGAGGCCAACUUUGACGAUAUGGAAGGCCCGGGGGCGUCCGUACAGCAGGAAACAACCUCCCCCGGCAUCAACAUUUCCGAUGCCGAUAUGAAUGAGGAUGAACUGCAGGGGCAAGGUUCACAGUUCCGCAAUGCAGCAACACCACGGGAAGAUCUCGAAAUAGACGAGCUGAUGCAGCAAGCGGUUUCUAAUCUAUCGUUGCACAGCAACGAUCAACUAUCGCCAGCUCCACGAGCGGGCUCGAGCCUGCAGUCGGGAUUGGCUGUUAAAGGCAGUCCGCUGCUUCAGAACACUUCCACUUCACCGUACCGACCGACAAGCAUGUCCACCUCGACGACUUUGCUGAACGAUAUGAUUGGGCCGAAAGGUAAAUCGCCAACCGGCACCACCAUGGUACAGUACGAAACCCUGUCCGUGGGGCAUAGCGCACAGCCGGGGCGCGGCGGUGUUGGUGGGUUGAGUGAUAUGAGCACGUCGCCGAUUCCACCGCACGGUUCCAAAGCGUCCGUCGGUAUGGCCAAGAGCCCGAUCCUGAAACCGGCUCCAAUGUCGCGAAGGGGCGAGGAAGGUAGGGGUGGUAAACCGACACCGGCUCCCCGUGGUCAACCAUCGUCAACCAGUGAUAAGCGUUCUUCCGGGUCGAUGAGCGAUGGCGAUGGUGAAUCGUCACCGGAAGGAGAUAACAACGAAGAGGGCAAAUUGUCGCGGAUGACGCCUACCAAUGCGAACGAAUCGUGGGCCAUUUUCGAUCAACCGGAACCACCAGCAUCGCACCAUCCUCCUUCCAAGCGACAAGAUUUGCGCCACGAUGCUGGAAGAAGAAGUGGCGAUAAAAAUGGCCCCGACUCACCUUGCUCCUCCGAUCCCAAGGACGAAUGGACAAAGGCUGACCUGCGCGAGUAUGGACGGCGGUGGCCCUCGAAAGGACACACCUCCUCAUCGUCCCGCGACGUUAGCCCGUGGGACGAGGAGGGUCCGGACUAUCGCAAACGUGCAUCCUCGAUGCAUCCACCGGCCGGAGGCGAUCCAUCCAUGCGCCAUCACCAUCCUACCACCGGCGAACGGUAUCACCAUCCGCGCAUGCCACCGCGCCGUAUCAAUUCCAACGAUGAGGACUACGACGACGAGAUGGUGGUGGUGGUAAAGGAUCAACGGGGUCAGCGGCGUCGUAUGAAGAGUGGUGUUGGUUCGCGCAGCCGAGAUAACUUCGAGGAUGAACACUGGUACGGGGACCAUCACGUCGGCCCGACCUGGUCCUCACCGACGGAGGACGAAGAUACGCGUGGGCCACCGGGUGGUGAGCGUGGUUCGCGUUCGUUCGACCGGAACGCUUACGAGCGCAGUACGUACGGGCCGCCGUACGAGAAGCGUGAGCCGAAAAGCUUGCCGCCAGCGUACGAUCGGCGCGACUACAAGGGCUACGACAAGCGGAAGUACUAUCGGGAAAGGGAACCUUCGCGGGGCGGUAGCGGGGGCCGGUACGAUUACGAGCCGUACGGAGGGGAAGCGGGUUAUGGUGGCCGACGCGCAGACUACGACGAUGGGAUGUACGAACCGAGACCGGGCCGGGAUGCGCGAGCAGCGCGCGAAUACUUUUACGAGCGCGAGCGGAAAAGCUUCGACCGCGAAAGCAACGAAUCGUACGACAGUCGGGAGCGGCAGCAGCGCAGCUUCGGCAGUGGCGAUAUCUACGGCAGCCUGGACAGCAGAACGGAGUAUCGGGAGCGGGACCGGUAUCUGUCGCUGGACAAAAGCCGCUCGCUGCGACGUGGCCUACGAAAUGCUGGCAGUGCGCGGCUGGACCAGGAGCUGGACCAGGAUUCCGAGGGGGAUCUGAUGGGCGGUGGUAUGAUGGGUGGCGGUGGGCGGUCCAUGGGUGGGGGUAACAGUUUGCACCGCUCUAGUCAAAACAUAGGCCGUGCCAGCAAACAGCAGCAGCAGCAGCAGCAGCAGCAACAGAUGAUGAUGAUGCUGGACGAUGACGUGUGGGGUGCGGCGAAGGGUGGCGGUUCGGGUGCGGGCACUAUGCCGUGGAAGCGACCCUCGAGCGCAACGGAGCAACAGGAACAGCGACGGUACAACGAAGGCGGUGGACGUAGUGGAAGAGGUGGAGGAAUGAUGCCGGCCGGUGGCACAACUCUGGUCGGAUCGGACGGCGAGAAGGAUCGACGGUUUCGCAAGAAAAGUCGAACGCGUGCCGAACGGAAGGAGGUGGAGAUGAGGGCGUCCAACUACGCGACGAUGCGAUAUCCGCCGCGCACCAAGGAGGAUUACUUCGACUUCGACGCACCGGAAGGCGGUCGGGUGGGAGGCGCCGGCGUCGACGAUGACGACGAUGAGGACGACGAAGACGAUGUGCCGGGUGGUGGUAAGAUGAUACUGGACGAACCACUGGACGACCACAGUCCGGCGUACUACGGUGGCCGAAGACAACCUCCGGGUGGACCGCUGCCCGGAAUGGCUGGAUACUAUGGUAAAUCGUCCACACCGCGGCAGGAAGGGCGCAGCAUGAACGAUUCCCUCAUCGCCCAGGAAGCGAAGAAGAUGGCCCGGUACGAGUACGAGGAAGAAGCGCUCCGGCGCAUGAAGAAAAGCAAUAGCCGAGAUCUGUACUUUGAAGGUGGUGGGGGUGGUGGAGCCGGGUAUGGGAGUGUGACUCCACCGAAGGUGGGUAACGCUCAAAAGCCACAUUCGCACGCACCACAAGGUUCCGCCGGACGGCCGCUAGACUUUGAGUUUGAAGAGUUCGCAGAGCCGGCCGGACCGCCAGCUUCGGGUGGAGAUGGGUUCGAGAGUGAUUUUAACUCUCCCCCUAUCGGUGGUGCUGGUGGAACGACUGGCGGCGGUCCUAUUUCUAGCGGGCGAGGUGAAGCAACGCACAAGUCGUACCGGUUCUCGAGCGAUUUCUCAAACGAUAAGGAACGCGGCCAUUACGCACACGAUCCUCCGGGUGGAUACCAUCGGCAGCAGCAGCACUACAAGAACCAUCCCAGUUCCGGAGGUAGUUACGCGGAUGCGGGUGAUUAUCCUCAGCAGGCACCACCACCGCCAUCCACGACACCCCCGCCGGUAUCUUCCGCCGGCCAUCAUCAGCAUCCGGCUCGGGAACAGUCCAACAGCAGCAGUAGUGGUUCGAAGCUGCGCUUCAACGAAAAUGUAACUGUGUCGAAGUUUGAUGCUGAAGCGACGACCAUGUUUGAGGACGACUUUGCCGGUCGCUCCGAUGCGGAACAGGAUCCGGACGAUGGGCAGCAGCCGCAGGGUUGGUCCUCGGCAAGCAUCGCCACCAGUCCCGCGCCGGCAGCAGUAGCAGCCACAAGCAAUAAUGGUAGUAGCAAAAAGAUAUUAAAAACCUCUAGUCAAGCAGGGCACCAUCAACAGCAGCAGCACCAGCAGCACCAGCAGCAGCAGCUGUUUAAUCCGGAUAAUAUUCGCAAAUCGGACAGUAUUAACAUUUUUGCCAAAAAAGUUGACGAUCCGUUCGAGGACGAUGAUUUCUUCUCCUCAUCGUCCGGCGGUGGUCGGGGGGGCGGUGACCCAUUCGGUGGUAGUGGUGGUGCCGAUGGUGCACCGGGUACUGCCGGCACCACCCACCCCACCAGCACCGGUUCGACCGGGUGGGACAAAAACUUUGCAAACUUUGACGACAACAUCUGAUUACUCGGUAGCCUGAUGAUCGAGAGCAACUUCCUCAGUCGCCAGCUGAGCCGAAGUUUGAGUGCCCGGCAGCAGUACCAGUACUGCUGCCAACAGGACGAACAUCAGCGCUACUCACUGGCCAAGGACAUUCGGAAGCUUUACAUGCGCAUCAAGCACUGCAACCGGUAUCAGGUGUUUGUUUAAAGCUGGCAUCAAACCACGGUCACGGCAGUGUCCGCGCGCGCGUGUGUGAGUGUGUUUCUUUGUGCUCUUCUGUAGCAAGAAAUUGUGGCCAUCAUUUUAAGCUUUAAUUCUUUGUGAGGUUGAAGCUCACCAGAAAGGGAAAGGAAGGAAGGAAGCCUGAACUGUAACGAGCUAAGAUAAUCGUUGCAAACCUCCCCGAAAUGGAUUAUCGUGUCCAUUGCUGACGGAACUUCCUUUGAAAUUCUCUCCGGUAAAGUCUUUUUUUAGAUUUGGAGAUUUGUAGAUGUUAUUCUAGCAUUUCAGUACUUCUUGACUUUUCACAGCUGGACAGUUAGUCGUCCUGCGUAUGGUGGGACGAUCCCCGGAAGGGAUCGGGGAUAUUGUAGGGGCCGCUGCAGUGAAGUAUCAGAUGUUGGAAGAAUCGUAUUGUGGUUCUUUUUGAACGAGGUGUGGUUUUAAAAAGAGGACGGGAAUUUAAGAAUUUAAGAAGACUUGGUCUUGGACUCUGGACGUGUUCGAGCGACACAUCCUCCGGACCAUCUUUGGCGGUGUGGUCGAGCAUGGAGUGUGGAUGAGAAUGAGUUAUGAGGAUGCCGGACUCAUGCCCCGCCAAGAAGGUAUUCCUCAGUUCGGCACGAGGCGUCGGGGAGCACAGCGAGUUCGUUGGCUGGAUCAGGUGAAGGGUAGUGACCUGUCGGAGAUCGGGUGCCUACACACGGAUGGGAAGCUGCAGCCAGGGAUCGAGUUUCCUGGAGAUCUACUGUUGACCGGGCCAUGUCACGACGACGUGCUCUUUAAAAGAGUAGACCAACAUGAUGAUGAAGAAGACUUUGAAAAGUUUUAUCUUGUACGGGGUCCUGAUAUAUUCCUGACAGUGUUGUGCAGUUGGGUAUUUAGCAGCUUCUGAGCAACAUCCGUUCGGGGUUGUGAGUGCUCCGAGUUCUAGAAUUUUGAGAACACAUUUUACUGGCGCGCGAUCAUUCCCCGGACUAUUUACCUCACAUUAUGCUGAAAGGUAUUAGCAUCUUCAAUAGACUCCUUCUGUUCGUAAAAUCUUCUCUUCUAUAUAGAGAGUUCCUAAAACUCCUCGUAGUUUGGUCUACUUGUAUGGGCCAAAUUAAAAUCGCCGCCAGCUCAUAUUUGCAUCCUACAUCAGGAGCGUACAUCUCUAUUAGUGAUGGUUUAUACGUCUCUUUUCACGGAUCGAGUUCGUUCUUGUAGGAAGUUCGAGUUCAGGUCGAUCUCCCGAACUCGCUGUACCCCUUCGAAAUUCAAAGCUUCCCGUCCCUCUCACACCACACCUCGUUAGUUCAGCUUUAAUCAUACAGUUUACUGUGGCGAUUCGACCGAAUAAUCGUGUUGCGUGUCGUUGGCCGUGUGCACAAUCAGCAGUUUAGCCAUAUCAACCCUACCUUCCUUCGCAUACCUUAGUGUGUUUUAUUGCUUCAAGUAGCUUAUCGACGAACGAGUGGAAGCUUGUCGAACGGUUAGCGAUUUCAGCAGGAAUAUAGUUAAGGCUAGUUGUUUUUUUGUUUCUAGGAAAUUUGUGAACGAAUGGAUCAGAGGGUUUGCUGCUGUUUGCUGCUGUCUGCUGCAUGCUUGUUGAUUGAUGUGCCGCCAGUGUGCAAAAUGGUCGUUCGAAUUCGAACCGGGGUAACCGGGAAAGGACCUCCCCCCAAGGAAGGCUAAGGAGGGAGACGGGGAGGGAAGAGUAGAUUUUGCCAACUUUUAAAAAUUCUCCCCCGCAUUUUUCGCAUUUAAAAUCGUAGUAAAUCGACAAAGAAAGAAAAAGGAACACCCCCCGCCCCCCAAUUGCAAUUGCCGAAGAGAACCUGAGUGGACGCAAUAUUAGACAUACAUACUCACUGAUUCGCGAUGGGAUGAUGGCGUACCGUACACGUACUUUCAAACUUAAGGCAGCUAAAGCUAUAUAUCAGAAUUUCUGCAAGGCAGCGCAGGUCAGUUAGCACAGGGCGAGCGCGUUUGGUUGUUCAAAUUCUGUUGGUGUCUCGGUUUUUGUUUUUUCGUUGGUGAAGUGGGCAGGCCCCCAAUCUUUUUCACCGUCAAGUAUUGUGUUACGGGGGGUUAAACCGGAAAACCAGCAGGAAGGUGGCUAAGUGCGGUGAUUGCGGUCAGUUAGGUUAGCAAUAAUAAUUAUGGCACACAUUUCGUAGCUUCAGUUGGAAAAACGCGAUAGUAAGUUGAUUAAAUAUUUUGUUUUUUAGAAUAAUACUAAUCGAUCCAGCCCGAGUCGCCGAUUAACCGAUUGGCACACAGGAGAACAGGGAGACCACCCUCUCUCUGGGUGUUUAGAUAUUAUUAAACGAUCAUUAUUCGGAUGGAGAGAAGGGGGGGUUGGAGCGGUCCGGUGACCGAGGUGACAACGGUGUCCGUCUUCACAAGGGCAGAGGUUCAAAUCCCAUCCAGACCGCCUCUCUCCCCGUGCUCGGGACUGUGACUACCUUCCUUCCUUCCUUGAUGGUGGCACUACAACCUCGUCGAGUGGUCUCGGACUGCCAUUUCUGGCUUUCUGUGACUUAAUUUUACUCGGAGUAAAGUUCAGGUCCAGGUGGGAUUUGAACCCCGGUCCUGCUGUGUGAAGCCCUGCUAUACCUUGCUACGGGUAAAAUCAACUCACAGAAAGCCAGUAUUGGCUGGCCGAGAGAGACCUUUCGAGGUUGUAGCGCCAACCUCCAUCCCCUCUCACCCCCACCCCCCAACCCCUUAUCCGGUUGCAGUGAUUGAAGAUAGUGAGCUUUUUAAGCGUUUAAUUGUGUCUCAAAAGGACGUGUUUAAGCAAUGUGUUUCGCUUGAAGAAAAUGUGUGUUAGAAAUUUGUAAGAUACGGUAAAAAAAAUGCUUUUUUUUACAGCACAACACACACAGCAAUCGAAGCAAUCGAAGCAAAACAUACCCUCUCUUUCUCACUCACUCGUUCACUCUCUAUCUCUCUUUCGAUAUUAAACUUGUUCGCGCUACUUACUUCCACGUGGGCUGAUAUUAAACGUUGGGUGACUAAAUGCUAUUUAAUGCGGGUGUGGUAAGAUUAGUAACAAAAUCAGAGAAGAGAAGAGAGAAAAAACAUAAAAACAACUCAAAAAACAAAAAAGCAAAAGCAACAGGACGACGAACAAAUGGUAAACAUUAAGCAUUAAUAUUAACGGAAGAACAAAAAACGGUGAAAUUACUCAAAUGCCCAGUGGGAUGAAAAUUACAAAACAAGAAUACCAACACAACAACAACAAAAAAAAAGGAAACCAGUAGAGGUGUGCAUGAUAUUUGCAAAAUUUGUUGAUAUUAACCCACCCUUUCUACCUUCCACUCGAAGGCAAGCAGCCGAACCGAAACCGAAAUUCGAGAACGUAGCAGCGCAAGGUAAGGCAACUAAUAAAAGUCAAACUAUAAAAUGAAAAAUGGAAAUAAUAAACAAACAAACAAAAAACCAAA